AUGUCUUCAACCGUAUUUGAUCAACGAAAUUCUUCUCCUGUUGCUACACGUCGCCCACCAAUGUCUAACGAAGAUAUUGGUUAUGGUUCACAACGUAGUGUUAAUCGACGAAGUUUAAGUGACAGACUUCGAAGUUUAUUUCGGAAAGAUUCCUCAUCACCUAAUCGUGCAGCUGGUAAUGAUAGACGUUCACGAACAACAUCGUCACGUCAAACUUCAUUAUCACCGGAACCAAAUAGAUCAUCGACUGAAACACCUAAUCUUCGAGCACCUACUGUCUAUUGGCCAUUCGGCAAAAAAAAAGCAAAAUUAUCAACAACGACAAGUACACCUACAACUAGCAAAAAAAAGACAAAAGAUAGUCGAAAGACAAAACAACCUACAGCACCACCUAUGGAAAUAUCAAGUCCAAUAUAUGAUCAAGAAAAUCGAACAUCAAUAUAUAGUCAAAAUUUUGAUUCUCGACCAUCAGAAUUUGUACAUGGUAGUAAUGAAGGAUUACAAACAUCAAUGACUUAUGAUGGACUAACAAGAAUAGGCUAUCGUGAUUAUACAGUGAUUGAUGAAACUCAACGACCUCAACAAGUAAUUGUGCCUGAUGCCGAUGUUUUUAUACCUUCAACAUAUACAAAUAAUCGAAGUCCUUCACCAUCUAUGAAUCGUCAACGUUUACCAAACACAAAUAUUGAAUAUCAUUAUCAAAAUGAUAGUUCAAUGCCAUUAAUUUCAAUUCCAUUUACAGACAUUGAAGUUAUUCCAACGCCUCAACGUAAACGUAAAGUAGGUGAUACUCCACCAAUAAAUGUUUCACAAAUUGUAGUUGAAAAACCUCCUAUAUUUCCUCAAACAUCAUCUCGUCCCCAAUCAAAUAUAAGUACAAAUCCUACACAGUGGAAAAAUACAUCCUUAUCCACAUUAAAUCAUAGUGAAAUGCGUACAACAACAUCGUCACCUAGAGAUCAUGAGACUCCAAAAUUAAAUGCUCCUUUAAUAAGUUUUGGUGGUACACCAAAUAAGAAAAAAACUAAACGUACUAAAUCACAAUCACGUGCUGAUGGAAUGAGUGGUUCAUCAUCAACUAUUAAUAAUUUGGUAAAAGUAAAUCCAGUACAACCAUAUCGAUCAUGGGAAAGUGCAUAUGGAUCAUUACCGGAUGCUGAAGUUAUUUCUGAUGAUAAUUUUACGUCCUACAAACCAUCUAAAACUAGUAUAAAUAAAUAUCCAGGGUUAAGUGCUAUUCUUCGUCAUCAUUUACGUCCUGCAGCUGUCUAUCGUUUUAAUGAACGUCCACCAACAACUACAACAACUACAACAACUCCACAAGGAACACGACGUUUUGAUACAUCAACCACAACAUUAAAUGACUAUGAGCAAAAUGAACCAUUGCCACAUUCUACAGCAAAAGAUACAUCAACAUCAACUUCAACUAUUCAACGUUAUGAUGGUUACAUUCGACCAAUGACUCCACAAAAUCCAUCUAUUUCAUUAGAUAUUAGUGUCGUUCAUACAGAUCAUGAUGAUUUACGUGAUGCAUCAUCGCCAUCACCAGUUCAACGACCACGUUAUGAGUCUCCUGAACCUCCAGCAACUUAUCGAAGUUCAAGAACAAUCUAUACGCGUGAUAGAACUCCUUGUUUUGGUUCAGGUGAAAUUCGAACAUGGAGUUCACAAGAAAACGGUAUGAGUAAUAAUUGUAAUGAUUCAUAUAAAAAGCCAUAUACAUUUGUUCAAGUUGAACGUACAAAUGAGAAAAAACAAGAUUAUUAUGAUCAUCAAAUUGUACCAUUAGAAAAAAAAGAUACUUAUGAAGAACAUCGAUAUAGUCCACGAUAUGUUGAACAAGAUCUUUAUGAAAAACAACGUCAAAUCAUGGAUAAUAAUAAUCGAGAAAUGGAAGAAGAACGAUAUGAAGUAUCAUAUGUAUAUGAAAAUCAACAUCCACAAUAUUCAUAUGAAGCAGAAAAAAAUUAUGAUGAAACACAAUCGACUGGUCGAUAUUCAAAUGAUAGUCUUGGUAUUAAACAUUUGAUUUCUUCAAUUCCUACAUUUAAAAUGCAAUCAUCAAUGAUGUCAGGACGAGACAAUAUGUAUGAUCAAUCGUCUUGUUCAUAUAUAGAUAGUGCAUAUAUACAGGAGCCUCUCUUAACAAGGGCUCCUGUUGACGAUUUUGAGCAAAUUCCAUAUAUGUGUACAUUAAAACGUACAGAUUCUUAUGAUGGCCUUGGAAUAUUAAUUUCUACUGAUAUUCAAACACGUUUACAUCAUUAUAUUCGUGAAGUUGAACCAGGAUCACCUGGUCACAAAGCUGGUUUACGUAAAAAUGAUCGUAUAAUUAGUAUUAAUGGUAUUAAUGUUGAGAAUGUUGAUUUUAGUGAUGUUCUCAUUCUUAUUAAGCAAGGUUUAAAUUAUGAUAAUCUUCAAUUAUCUGUUAUUCAUGAACUAGAACAUAUUUGA